CACAUCCAUAUGUCCUUUAUGCGAACAGUACCGCCAUAUUCACACCAAGCUAUCGUAUGGGUGGAAUUAUUAAAGGUUUACAGUUGGACGCGUGUUGUGACGAUAACAAGUGAUGACCAAGAUGGCCGUGCAGUCUUAGCAACGCUUAGGAAGAUGGAAGAUACCUUGGAUAAUAGCAGUGGAUAUAUAAUUGAAGGGUCUUUGGUAUAUAAACCUGGAGGGGACAAUAUAAGUAAUUUAUUCACGAAAAUUUCCGAACUACAGUCGCGCGUCUUCCUUCUAUAUGCAAGUGUAGAUGAUGCUCUACAGAUUUACACCGAGGCAACAAAGUAUAAUUUAACAACUGCUGGUAAUAUAUGGAUUGUCACUCAGCAAGCCUUGUCAGGAAAAGCACUAAAAACUGCACCAGAAGGUCUUCUGGGUCUGCGUCUCAGCAAUGACACCAAUGAACUUGCACAUGUCAAAGAUGCUAUUUAUAUCAUCGCUAGGGGACUGAAAAAUUUCUUUGAUGAGCCUGGUACAACAGAACCACCAAAAACCUGCCAGAAUUCAGGCCAUUUCUGGGCAAGUGGAGUUACUUUCCUCAGGAAACUGAAAUCUUGUGAAUUGCCUGAUGGGGACACUGGUUAUGUAUCAUUUGAUAGCCAUGGUGAUAGGGAGUAUGUGGACUAUGAUAUUGUCAACACACAAAGACCGAGUGAAGGAGAAGAACUGGUCGCAGAAGUGGUUGGAAAAUGGGAAAACAAACAGGUUAAAAUUGGGAGUGUUGUCUGGCCAGGUGGACAAGUCGGUAAACCACCAGAAGGGGUAUCAUUGUCUUCAAGGUUACAGAUUACAACAAUCGAUACAAAACCUUUUGUUAUGGUAGGGCCACCUAAUAGUGAAGGAUCUUGUAGCCAUGAUAUCAAAGCAGUUGAGUGUGCCCAGUACAACAAAAGUGGAGAUGGUGGUGAUUGGUCCACCAUGUGUUGUACUGGUUUCUGUAUUGACCUAUUAGUGAAGCUAGCUGAUCACCUUAACUUUAGUUAUGAUCUCCAUCUCGUAUCUGAUGGCAAAUAUGGUACACUGGAAAUGAAUGGUAGCUAUAAGAAACACUGGAAUGGUAUGGUCGGAGAACUGGUAGAUAACAAAGCUGAUAUGAUCGUUGCUCCACUGACCAUCAACAAUGAACGUGCUCAAUAUAUUGACUUCUCUGUACCUUUCAAAUAUCAAGGACUAACAAUAUUAGUGAAAAAAAAAGACCAUGGAAGUAGUUUUGCAUCAUUUUUCCAACCCUUUGAGAGUGCACUUUGGUUGCUGAUUGGUCUGGCUGUGCACAUAGUGGCAUUGAUCCUGUAUGUUCUAGAUCGAUUUAGCCCAUUUGGUAGAUUCAAAUCGGGUCAGACUGGAGAUGAACAGGAUGCUCUGACAUUGUCAUCAGCUAUGUGGUUCUCAUGGGGAGUCUUAUUGAAUAGCGGCAUGGGAGAAGGAACACCUCGUAGCUUAAGUGCUAGAGUACUGGGAAUGGUAUGGGCUGGAUUUGCUAUGAUAAUGGUAGCAUCGUAUACUGCUAACUUGGCAGCUUUCCUGUUGCGGAAUCCAUCAGAAUCCUUCAAGUAUGCAACUGUAACAGGAAGUUCUGUGGAGCAAUAUUUCCGUCGUCAAGUAGAAUUAUCAACUAUGUAUCGAUUCAUGGAAGACUACAACUAUGACAAUGUUUCUGCUGCAAUUGCUGCUCUCAAAAAUCACAAUGAACUUGAUGCAUUUAUCUGGGACUCUGCUGUUUUGGAUUAUGUUGCCUCUGAUGACUGUAGUCUUGUCACAGUUGGCGAACUCUUUGGUAGAUGUGGGUUUGGACUGGGUCUCCAGAAAGGCAGUCCAUGGACGCAGAAAGUAUCACUGAGAAUUUUAAGUUUUCAUGAGAGUGGAGUCAUGGAGGGCUUAGACUCCGAAUGGAUUAGCUUUAAACACUGUAAACUGUCUGAUAAUCAGCCUGCUACUCUUGGCCUUUCAAAUAUGGCAGGUGUAUUUAUUCUUGUGGCAGGGGGUAUUAUAAUGGGAAUACCCCUUAUCUUUGUGGAAAUUUUCUAUAAGCAUCACAUGGAGACUAAAGAAAAACAAAUGGAGUUAGCAAGAAUGGCGGCUUCCAGAUGGAGGGGCACUGUACAGAGACGAAGAACUGUCAGGCAAACCCUUCUCAAUCGCAUCCCAAACCGAGAUGACAAAAAACCCAAUAUUAGAGCAGCGUCAUUGGUAAAAAAAUCAAGUGAUCCAGAAAAAGAAGCUGAAAUAAUUACAAUAUCUCAAAUGUCACCAAAUAUGGAAGAUAGCUUACACAGUACAAAUGAAGUAUCAUUUGUGCAUUCAAGACAUUCAAGUUUGAAAAGAAAUCACUUCUCAGAACGUGGGGACAUUCUUGAACAUUCUGUAUGAAUAUGAG